AAGGUAACCUGAACGCGGCAUACGAUUUAAAACGCAUAUCAGCCUCGAGCACAGAAGCCACGAUCAGAUGUCAACAAAGCUGUAAGAGUGUGAAUAUUACCGAUGAUGUUUGUGCUGAGCACUGACACUUAACGCCGUAAACCAGUAUAGGACCCUUAGUGGAAAAAUCGGAAGGAAGAAAUAUUCUGGAGGGAAGAGCGACGUCCAUAAAUAAUUUGCAAACCAUGAAUUAUGUGGGUCAGCUGGCGGGGCAGGUGUUUGUGCAGGUCAAGGAGCUGUACAGAGGGCUUAACCCUGCAACACUGUCUGGGUGUAUAGAUGUCAUUGUGGUCCAGCAGCCAGAUGGCUCCUUACAGUGCUCUCCGUUUCACGUCCGCUUUGGCAAGAUGGGUGUGCUGCGGUCACGUGAGAAAGUGGUGGACAUAGAAAUUAAUGGAGAGCCAGUGAGCUUACACAUGAAGCUGGGAGAAAAUGGAGAGGCUUUCUUUGUUAAAGAGACUGAGAACAAAAUGGAAGUGGUUCCAUCCUACCUGGCAACAUCACCAAUCAUGUCAACAGGGCAGGAGUUAAUGAAGUCACAUCUGGCCAGGGGCAACUCUCGUCACCAUGACUCCAUCCCAUGCGGCCCGCUUCCUGUUCAGAAUCUGGGACUGCAGCAAAGUGAAGGAGGGUUAACCAAGAAGAGGAGAAAGAGAAAGAAGAAGGCACGGCCAGAGGGAGGUGGAGGAGGUGCAGGACUGAGGAGAGAGGAAAGUGGAGAAGAGUUCUCAGAUGAUGAGGACAUGUUCACUAUUGACCUGAGCUCAGAUGAGGAAAUGGAGGGGGACAGCAGCAGACCUGUGUAUGGUGAUCAGGGAUUGACUGCCAAUGCCCACAUUCUCCCCAGCACUGAUUGGACUCAUUCACAGAGUAAAUUGAUUAAGAAGACUCUGUCCAUUCCUCAGCCCUGUGGUCUAUCCAUCUCCUGUCCUCAGCAAUCCUCUCACUUCUCUUCUCCUACUAGUAGCCCAGACGAUUCGCAGUCAUCAACACCAAAGAGUGACUCAGAGCUAACAAAUCCAUCUAAGGACAACCCUGAGAUGCUAUGGACCUGGGGGGAGUUACCACAGGCUGCCCAGCCAUCUUUCCUGACCGCCCACCAGAAGCAGGAUUCUGCUGCUGUUGUCUCCAUACCGGUGUCUUCUAGCACUCACUUCCGAGCCAUCAGUGACAUGGGAACUCCGUGCAGUCCACUGCCACCACUGGACAAAGACACAGAGGAAAACAGAAAUGGACACAUUGUCAGAGAACAAGAGAGAGAAGUGAAAAGUGUUGGGCCGUCAUGUGUACAGAUGGAGAGUUUGACAACAUGCUCAGUGUCUCAAAGAAUUCUUCCUGAUCAUUUGGAAGAUAGCAGGAAUAGUCCCAUCAAAAGGACCGAUUCACCGUCCAAGAGGAAAGAAAAGAGAAGUCAACACCUGGGUGCUGAUGGUAUUUACCUGGAUGACAUUACAGAACUGGAGCCUGAAGUAGCUGCUCUUUACUUUCCUAAAACUGACGGAGGCAGCAGCUCGAUGAAGGGGGACACUGAGAUGAUGGUGGGUGUGCGGAGCGCUAACCAAUCCCCACAGUCAGUCAGCAGCAGCGGGGUGGACAGUGGCGUGGACAGUUUGGUGGAUCAAGUGUGUGAUCUACCUCAUGUUGCUAUCUCUUUGUGUGGAGGACUCACUGAUAACAGGGAGAUUACAAAAGAGCAAUUCAUGGAGAAGGCUGUUUCCUACCAACAGUUCUCUGAAAACCCUUCUAUUAUUGAUGACCCUAACCUUGUGGUCAAGAUAGGAAGCAAGUACUACAACUGGAACACAGCUGCUCCUGUCAUGCUGGCCAUGCAGGUCUACCAGAAACCACUGCCACAGUGUUGGUGUUUGAGUUAUGUGUUUUCUGCUUUUGGCUUCUUCUCAUACUGCCUCCCUGGUCUGUUUGGCUCCAGUCCUACCCAGCCUGCAUCGGUGGAGAACAUUAUGAAGGACAAGAUGCCAAAGAAAGGAGGACGCUGGUGGUUCUCAUGGAGAAGCAGGAACAAUGACUAUAAGUCAGAAUCAGUGACAGAAGCAGCUGGAGACCAAGACGAGACUUCCAUAACAAUGGCCCCAGUAAACAGGCUGAAGGAUGAAUCAUCCUCAAGUGAUGAAGACCACAAAUCAUCCAGUCAGAUAUCAGGAGUCUUUCAGUCAGAGCCCCUUGAGAGUUCUGGUGGCAUUUGUUACAAGAAGACUCUUCGGCUCACGUCAGAGCAACUGGCUAGCCUGCAGCUAAGGGAGGGUCCUAAUGAAGUGGUGUUCAGCGUGACCACUCAGUAUCAAGGCACGUGCCGAUGUCAUGGCACAAUCUAUCUUUGGAGCUGGGAUGACAAGAUAGUCAUCUCCGAUAUAGAUGGCACCAUUACAAGAUCAGACACUCUGGGCCACAUCCUCCCUACGCUGGGUAAAGACUGGACACACCAGGGUAUUGCACGGCUCUACCAUAGAGUCAGCCUAAAUGGAUAUAAAUUCAUGUACUGUUCUGCAAGGGCCAUUGGCAUGGCUGACAUGACAAGAGGUUACCUCCACUGGGUCAAUGAAAGGGGAACCAUGCUGCCAAUGGGCCCAGUGCUGCUCAGCCCAAGCAGUCUUUUUUCUGCCUUGCACAGGGAGGUGAUUGAGAAGAAGCCCGAGAAGUUUAAGAUCGAGUGUCUCACAGACAUCAAGCACCUUUUCUACCCAAACACUGAACCAUUCUACGCUGCUUUUGGCAACAGAGCUACGGAUGUCUAUUCCUAUAAGGAGGUGGGCGUUCCACUCAACAGGAUUUUCACUGUCAAUCCUAAGGGGGAGCUGGUGCAGGAGCAUGCCAAAACAAAUAUUUCCUCCUAUGGCCGUUUGUGUGAUAUGGUGGAUCAUGUCUUUCCGGUCUUUAUGCAAGGUGAGGAAGCAGACUUCCCUCACUCUGAUGAUUUUGACCAAUGCAAUUACUGGAACAAAGUACUUCCUGAAGGCACUAUUGAGGGAGAGGAAGACCCACAGCCAGCCAAGAUGAGCUGAAGAAACUGCUGAUUCUAGCAUGAGGCAGCUUUAGCAUAAAUGUGAAGAUGAAUGAAGUCAUCAAGCUUUUCCUAAUAUGGUAAAUCAAGAUGGCUCCUUAACUCACAGGUGAUACUUAAAAAAAUAACUGAGUACCAAUUCAAAGGAAAUGAAUGUUUUUUUUCUACAGUAAACACAAAGAAACAAGCUGUGCUAACAUUUAGGAGUGAUAACGAAAGUAGUCAGGGAGACGGAGAUAAAAGCAGAGGACUAAAAAUGGCAACCUUAGGAUCAAUUGCUAAUGAGACUGCUGAGUGAAAAACAAAGCAAGAAAAGAGAUUUAAAAAACAAACAAACAAACAAAAAAAGCAAAACCAAAAUAAUUCUGUGAUGAAAUUCAGCAGCUGGUUGGGAAUUAAACUAACUCACAUUUGCAAGUGUUCUGACUCUAAUGCAUACACAUAGUAAACCUUGCAAACAGCAUAAGUAUAAUAUUUCUUUAGAUUUUUUUGUUAUGCUACAAAAUGUUUCUCAAAACAUGUUUGUUGGUUCUCUAAAGGCACCAAGACAGAACUAACUGAUUCCUUCGACUGGUUACCAUUCUUGCCUUUAACCUACACCCAUCAUGUAUAUUCCAAAGGAUAACAAUUAGUAAAUCAACUAUUUCAACUAUUGCCUAAAUAGCAGACAAUAAAACAUAAAUUGCCAAUUUACUUCAGCUUUUGAAAUGCUAGAUGGGCCCUUUGCUGCGGUUUCUGUUCUGCUUGUAGCAUGCAGUAUUAGUUGUACUUAAACUACAACUUUAAAUAAGAUUCUACCUAGCUAUGUGGCUAAAGGUUGUCUUCUGACCUCAAGUACAGUGGACAUUUUGCACCAGAAAAUGCAGACUAUAUAUGGUAAAACCAUCCAGAGCAUGCAAAAAUAGCACAAAUAGGGUAUGCAAAAAUCUCCUGUGCCAAACUCCUUUGCAAAGUAAAGCUAAGCGUGUGGUCUUUUGACCGUGCUACUGUGAAACAUGUGGCCAUGGCACAUAUUAUAGUCUUCAGUGACUAUAUUCAAGACAAGUGCAAGACAAUGCAAUGAAAUUCUGUCUGUUUCUAUCUAUUCUUUUUAAAUGUACAAAAAAGGACAUUCUGUGAUAUCGUACAAUGUAAUAUACAAAUCUCUCUACUCAUUCGAAUAACUAAUGCCCAUCAAUGCAAUUGCUUCAUAAGCUAAUUUAACACUAAUUAUAUUUUCAGUUUUGUAAUGCAAUAUGAUAUAUUGCACAGGUUAGUGUACUUCAUGUAAAGCACUUAUCUGUCCUGCAGAGGGAAAGUAAAGGAAGAGUAUUCAGAUUCUGUAAAGUUUUUGUAUGAAACAUGCCUAUUUUUUGUAGUUUGUACAUACGGGGUUUUUUUGUCUGUUAUCAGACGUUUGUAUUUUCAUCACUUAUCUAAUAACAUCCACUAAACAACUUUUAUGCCUAAUGUAAACCUCUCUUUUAAUUUAUAUUACUUAAAAUGGGAAAACCACUGCGUAUGGUGUUAACAUAAUUUUUGUGACCGUACUAUGAUACAAGUUCUUGUGAAUCAGUAUAUUGUCUAAAAUACCUUGAUGCUGGUGCUCAUUCAAAUAUUCACACCCAUUUUAAGGCCUCAAGGCAAAUCUCUUUUUAAGUCAACUAAGAGGUGCCAUUUUCAUCACGCAACCACUGAAGCAAUAAAUCAACACCCAGUUGUUUUAGUGCUGCCUGUGGUUUGAGGCGUUAAUGGCAACCAAGAUAAAACCUCAACAGUUUACAAAAAGAGAUAUGUUUCCACUGCCUAACUGGUUUUAAAUCGCAUAAAGAUUUAUUCCCAGAGUACUUCAUUAGAUUUUUAGUUUGAAAUUAACAAGUAUAUUUUUAGUACACAAGUAUUUGUUCAUGUGUCUUGUACUGAAAUACCAGAAUGCCAGAAACAAAUCUGACUGAUUGUGAUUCACCUGGUUAUACUGUCACUGUUUGUACAUAUAACAGAUACUCUGUGUAUUGUGAUUAACUUAAAAGAAAGUCAGGAAUUUAUUUUUCAUUUAACGAAAAACUGUCUUUGGGAAGUCCAGUGUAAUUUGUGCCAGAGGAAAAGAUGCUCAGAACGCAUGCUCUUAAGUAAUGACUGUUGUGUUGUCGCCUGAUCUUUUGAGGAGGCAUGUUGCUCUGAAAAAGAAGAAAAAAAGGAGAUGAGAUCAUUGUGUCAAAAUUCAAAUUUUGCUUUCAGCAUUUUUAAAGAAAAUCCCAUUUGGUGAUUGCUAAUUUCUUUCUGUGAAAGAUUCAUUCAAACUGUUGACUAGUUUUCACUCUGACUCUGUGUUGAUUUAGAUGAUUACUUUGCUGCUUCCCAUGUAAAUGUUAUGUUUUUGGCUCUAAGCAACAGGCCACCAGUAUCCAGUGCAAACCAUUGUUAACAUUGUAAUUCAAUCUGUACAAUGGACACAUCUUUAAUAAACUUAAAGUUAAUAUUGAUUUUGUGUUACACUUUUUUGACUCUGCAUGCAGUGCUUGAUUGUUUUCUUGCGUAAGUUCCUAAUUCUUCCUUUAACCUCAGAAAUUUGCCUAUAGGCUCCUCAUAAUGCUUUCUUUAAAUUUGUACUUUUUCUUUCAUUGAACUGUUUUUGGUUCUAUAUUAUAAUAUACUAAUUUUGAGAGGCAGAGCUCAUGAGUGUGCUGCAGUAAAAUAAAAGUUAUUCUACCACAGACGGGAAGUGUUUAAUCUUUGUAAUUUUGUUAUUAAACCGCAUCUGUUUUAUAUUUUAAAAUUCAAUCCAGCCAAUCGUUUCUUCCUUACCAGUUUAUCACUUUAAAACUUUGUCUUUCCCAAACUUCUACUGUUCAAUUUGAUUUUUUUUCCCAUCUAGCACGACACCAAACAGCAUAUAGCUAAACAGGAAAUCAGCUCUUCCUGUGUUUUCUGCUCUCAGGAUAUUUUGCCACAGUCCACUUCUUCAUUUUAGCCCUGCCCCAUUUUAGCCCCCACACAGAAACAGUUCAUCCCUCCCCUCUGCUGCUUUGGCUGGAGUGAUGAAAAGUUUCACUCGAUUUUAAGGAGUCGAUCAUUUCGAUUCAGCACAUUCCACAGAGUGAAAGUGUUUAUAAUUAGUUGAAAAGAUUUUUGUUGGAAGAUGUAUGUCUGUUCUCAUGCAUGUGCACCUAUUUACACAUUUGAAUAUUAAUGUACUUAAAAUGGAAAAAAAUAACAAUGAUCAUAAUGUCCACCUGAUUGUUCAGUACAUAAAACUGACUAGUAAGUAAACACUGUAAUGAAUAGUUCACAGUAAUUCACAGUAAAAAGUAAAACCCUUCAGCUACACAGAAAUGAGUAAACACUUUGGAGGAAUGGGGAGAAAAAGAGAAAAACACUCCCAAAAAUCUCAGAGUUCAAAAUGAUGUGAUCGUCCAGAGAUUACCCAUAAGCUGCUCCAGAUAUGAACCUGAUAUGAGGAGCUUCCACACUGAACUACAGCUCUGACUGCACAGCUGCCUACGAUGUCUGCUGAGCUCCUCUCUGUGAGUGAUCCAGGUGGGAACAAUGGAAAUCCUCAAGACAUCUCAGUGGGGGGCACAAAACCUUUACACCGCUUCUUAAAGGGACAACCCAAAAUUAUUGGUACAAUUGUGCUGAUCUUGGGUGCAUCCUUCUUUAUCAUAUCCGUUGCGAUCACGGCAGACUCCCAGAUGAUGCAUGUAUGGACAGUCAUCCCACCAGGCUUCCUGCUGGGGACACUGUUAAUCAUAUGUGGAAUUACAUACAUUUUGGCACAACAUAACACCACCAAGAAAACAGUAACCAUUUCGUUAUCUCUGAGCAUUGUCUCCAUACUGGUCGCAUGCUGGACUUUAAUACACAUCCUGCCUGACAUAGAAUCAUAUUCCUACCACCUAGAUUACAUUUAUGAUAAUGGAACCUUUUCAUUUACUGAACCAAUGGAAAAUCGCCAGCUCAUGGGAUUGGCUUUGGAAGCAGUUUUGGUGUUCUACACUUUUGUUGUAGCGGUUAUUUUCAUUGUAAUGUCAGCUCUGGCUGGCAUUGCCCUGCGAUCCACAAAAAGCCAGGCCAUUGUAGUGAUGACUGCUGCAUCGCCUGAUUUGUCAGUUGAAUAGCAAACACAAGAGGACUGUCUGAAGUGUGAAAAAUUAAGAGAAGAAAUAUAUAUAUACUGUAUAAACAAACCUUUUAGUUUUUGUUUGCUGAAGCGGCAGAUUCAAUGCAUCGUUUUGAAAUUGCAUGGUGUAUAACCUAACAUAAACUUGAUAAAUCAAUAAGGAACAAAUUAAUAAUCUGUUUCAUACAAGUAUGGUUCAUAUUCCAUGUCACAUGCUAAUAUUAUCCUUAAUAAACCAAAUUUAUGUACAAAUGUAUUUACUGGUCCAAUUUACCUUAAUUAAUUAGAUAUUGCCAUUUAAUUCUGUUGGGGCACCUCCUCAACUGAGUUUUAGCAACUAUUCUGAUGGUUCCUUAUAAAACUAAUACAAUUAAUUAAUUGCA